ACGAAGAAGAAGCCCACAACAAAAUAUGCAAAAGUUUAACAGCGCUGUCACUUCCUUUGGCUCUUUUCACUGAGAGUUAUGGGCUUCUUACCGGACAGAGGCGGCCUACUAUGUUUAAUUCUGCUAGUUAUCUUACUGUUGGAGGGACAUUUUCGAUGGGUGGAGGCCCAACACUGUGUGUGGUAUGAUGAGUGCGGUGAAUCGGAAAAGGUCCCCGGAAAGAAAUACAACUGUAACUACACCGGCCCCCCCAAGGCUUUGUCCCCCGAUGGCUAUGACCUCCUCACAGAGCUUUGUCCCGGGUAUGACUAUGGAAGUCGCAACCUGUGCUGCAAUGCGGUGCAGUUGCGCACUCUCAAAGGAAGUCUCCAGCUGCCCCAGCAGUUCCUGUCCCGGUGUCCCGCCUGCUUCUUCAAUUUGAUGAACCUCUUCUGCGAGCUGACGUGCAGCCCGCACCAGAGUCAGUUUAUGAACGCCACCAAGUUCAAUGGGUCCAACGUGCUGGAAGUGCAGUACUACAUCGGACAAACAUUCUCCAGCGCCAUGUACAACGCCUGCAGGGAUGUACAAGCACCGUCUAGCAACGUGAAGGCCUUAUCAUUGCUGUGUGGCAAAGACGCAAAGGACUGCAACGCCACUAAUUGGAUCCAGUACAUGUUUGAUAUAAACAACGGGCAGGCUCCCUUUCCUAUCCUACCAAUAUUCUCAGAUGUUCCUGUGGCUGGCUACACCCCCAUGAACAACAAGACAUACGGCUGCUAUGAGGGGCUGGAGGACGGUUCGGGGCCUUGCUCUUGUCAGGAUUGCACAAAGGCCUGCGGACCCAAACCCAUCCCUCCGCCCGUCCCUCCUCCCUGGACCAUAAACGGUAUGGAUGCCAUGACUGUCAUCAUGUGGAUCUCUUACACGGCCUUCCUGUUCGUGUUUAUCGGCUCUGUGGUUGCUGCAUGGUGUUACAGGAAAAGGACAAUCUUGUCGGAGUAUGGGCCCAUACUGGACAGCAAUAACCCCUUGUCUCUUAACAGUGAUAAUCCUGACACAGUCAACGCCUUGUGUUGUGAGACACUGGGCGAGCGCUUUGAGAACACGCUCAGAGUGGUAUUCAGCUCUUGGGGCUCCUUCUGCGUGCGGAACCCAGGUCUGGUCAUCCUGGGCAGCCUGGUUCUGGUGGCGGCCUCCUCCGGGGGUCUGGUCUACAUGCGCAUCACUACCGACCCCGUCGAGCUGUGGUCCUCCCCUGGCAGCCAAGCACGGCAGGAGAAGGACUACUUCGACAGCCACUUUGGACCUUUCUUCAGAACCACUCAGCUUAUCAUCACCACUCCGCUCAACAGCACAUUUAUGUACUCGCCCUACUUCGGAGGUUCGGCUGUCCCCUUUGGGGCUAUCUUGGACAAGGAAAUCCUGCAUCAAGUGCUAGACCUGCAACUUCAAAUUGAAGCCCUGGUCGGAACAUACGAGGGCGAAAACGUCAACCUGAAGGACAUCUGCUUGGCCCCACUGGCCCCUUACAACAACAACUGCACCAUUCUGAGCAUCCUCAACUACUUCCAGAACAGCCACGCUGUGCUGGACCACAGCAUAGCAGACGAAUUCUACGUAUAUGCUGACUAUCACAGCCACUUCCUCUACUGUGUCAGUGCACCAGCAUCCCUCAACGACACCACUCUACUGCACGAUCCCUGUCUCGGGACUUUUGGAGGCCCAGUCUUCCCUUGGUUGGCCCUCGGGGGCUACGACUCCACCAACUACAACAAUGCGACCGCCCUUGUCAUCACCUUCCCCAUCAACAACUACCUGAACGACACCGUCAGGCGAGGCAAAGCUCUAGCUUGGGAAAAAGAAUUCAUCCGCUUCAUGAAGGACUUCAAAAACCCCAACCUGACCAUCGCCUUCACGGCCGAAAGGAGCGUUGAGGACGAAAUAGACCGGGAGAGCAACAGCGACAUCAGCACAGUGGUGCUGAGCUACGGCAUCAUGUUCAUUUACAUCUCUUUGGCGCUGGGUCACAUCCACAGCUGCAGGAGAUUACUGGUGGACUCCAAGAUUUCGCUGGGCAUUGCAGGCAUUCUCAUUGUGCUGGGCUCGGUGGCCUCCUCACUGGGCAUCUUCAGUUAUGUUGGCAUUCCCCUCACCCUCAUUGUCAUCGAGGUCAUUCCGUUCCUAGUGCUGGCUGUCGGUGUGGACAACAUAUUCAUCAUAGUGCAAGCCUACCAGAGAGACGAGCGGAUGCCCCAGGAGGAACUUCAUCAGCAGAUUGGUCGUAUUCUCGGUGAUGUUGCACCCAGCAUGUUCCUUUCGUCCUUCUCGGAGACGGUGGCCUUCUUCCUGGGAGCUCUGUCCAACAUGCCGGCCGUCAGGACCUUCUCCCUGUUUGCUGGCCUAGCUGUUUUUAUUGAUUUCCUGUUGCAGAUCAGUUGCUUUGUCAGCCUUCUGGGCUUGGACCUGAGGAGGCAAGAGGCGAAUCGUCUCGAUAUCAUCUGCUGUGUGAAGCUGCCAGAAGGUCAGGGAGAGAAGAAUGAUAGCAUACUGUUUCGGUUUUUCAAGAAGUUGUAUGCCCCAUUCAUCCUCAAAGAGUGGGUGCGGCCCAUCAUUGUGGCUGUCUUUGUGGGAGCACUCUCUUUCAGUAUCGCCGUGGUGAAUAAAGUAGAGAUCGGACUGGAUCAGAAACUGUCCAUGCCUGAUGACUCGUAUGUAUUGCAGUAUUUCAAGAACAUGAGCCAGUACCUCCACACAGGCGCUCCGGUCUACUUUGUAGUAGAGGACGGCUUGAACUACAGUAGCCUGGAGGGCCAGAACGCUGUGUGCGGUGGAGUGGGCUGUAACAACAACUCGCUGGUGCAGCAGGUGUACUCGGCCUCGCUCAUCAGCAACUACUCUACCAUCGCCUUCACGCCAUCCUCUUGGCUGGACGACUACUUCGACUGGGUGAAGCCUCAGUCCACCUGCUGCCGCUACUACAACACCACGGGGGCCUUCUGCAAUGCCUCUGUGGUGGACCCAUCCUGUGUGCACUGUCGACCCAUGACCCAAAGCGGGAAGCAGAGGCCGGUGGGCGACGACUUCAUGCAUUUUCUUCCCAUGUUCUUGUCGGACAAUCCCAACAUCAAGUGUGGAAAAGGUGGGCACGCAGUCUAUGCCACAGCAGUGGACAUUUACCCCAACAACAGCAAGGUUGGAGCCAGCUACUUCAUGACCUUUCACACCAUCCUGAAGGAGUCCUCGGACUACAUCAAUGCUUUGAAAAUGGCCCGAAUCUUGGCAGACAACAUUAGUCAGUCCAUGGACCACAAGGUUUUUGCUUAUAGCGUCUUCUACGUGUUUUACGAGCAGUACCUGACCAUCGCCUACGACACUGCCUUCAACCUGAGUGUCUCCCUGUCGGCCAUCUUUGUGGUGACCACUGUGCUCCUAGGCUUUGAGCUGUGGUCGGCCGUGCUGGUGUGCGUCACCAUCGCCAUGAUCCUGGUCAACAUGUUUGGCGUCAUGUGGCUGUGGGACAUCAGCCUCAACGCAGUGUCCCUCGUCAACCUGGUCAUGGCUUGCGGUAUUUCCGUGGAGUUCUGCAGUCAUCUGGCUCGGGCUUUUUCCAUCAGCAUGAAGAAGAGCAGAGUGGAGCGGGCCGAGGAGGCUCUGGCUCACAUGGGCAGCUCGGUUUUCAGCGGGAUCACGCUAACAAAGUUCGGCGGCAUCCUCAUCCUGGCGCUGUCCAAGUCGCAGAUCUUCCAAGUGUUCUACUUCAGGAUGUACUUGGCCAUCGUGCUCCUGGGGGCCGCACACGGCCUCAUCUUCCUCCCUGUGCUCCUUAGUUACGUUGGUCCCUCGGCAAACAAGGCAAAAUUGUUUGCUGCCAACAAACGCUUUGUGGGUACCGAAAGGGAGCGGCUCCUCAACUACUAAUCGGCUGAGCGAGACCAUUUUUGUCUGAGAAGAUGACCCGUGUGGGUGUGAGUGUUGUUUUUGAUCUUCUUGCCGCCGUUAUUGACACACUCAUCAUCAGCACCGCCCGCCACUAUCGUACGUGUAUUGGACUCAGGAAUAUUUCACAGGCGGGAGUCAUGACCUUGCUCCUCAUCACACUACAAGGACUAGAUCGGCUUGGCUAUCGUGUGACAUAAAAGCAGACUGUGUACUUUCAGGGGAUGAUGAUUUGGGAAACUUUAAAGGGCAAAACUGGUCAGUUUUUAAAAUAUAUGUAACAGUUUAUAAGAGCUAAUUUUUCUGCUGAGUCAGAGCGAAAGCUAUCAUGUUUGUUUGUACCAAGCAAGGACGCAAUUACACUUGGCAUUACUCAGGAUUUUGACUGGAUGUGUCCUAACCACUCCUGACUUCAGCAAAACAUGGUUUUACUCUUCAUUUUUGCAGUCACUCAACCAUUUAUUUGUAACAUACAAAACACGCAUGUGUGUGUGUGUGUGUGUGUGUAUAUACUGUAGCUCGGACGGAACUAAUUUAAUUGACACACCCUUGCCAAUAAUGAUUGCUAAGUUAUGAUUUUACAUGAUUUACUGUGGCGAGAAAAACCCUUGUUUAGCAUCAUUAACUGUGACAUUGAAGCUCCUUCAUAACUGGAAACAGGUCCUGGUGCACAAUGGAGGCGUGUUCUUAAAGGAGCAGUACCACUAAGUAUAUUUUUAAGUGAUAUUGUUAGAAUUGCUUGUUUUGGAGAGAUAGAGACUGAAGUGGAAAAUUGCAUUUGAAGCUUCUUGACACAAUCAUUCCUUUUCGGGUAGUACUUUUAAAACAAUUUUAAUACAUUAAAAGGUUUUCAAAAACAAUAUAUUUGUAAGGUAUUUGUUGUGUGGUCAUGUCCCUUGUAAUGAAUGGUUCGGCCUUUAAUGCACCUGCACUGGGACCACUAGAGGGCGCUUGAAUCAGAUAAUAUUACAUUGAAACAGGAGUGACCAUUUUUUUGUAUCUUGUAAGGCAGCCUAUGCACGCGCACACAUUAAGUCAUUGGAACAUCCGCUAUGAUAAACAAUACUUAUAAUUUGCUUUGCAGGUACACGUGCAAAUUUUACUCAGUCUCGACCAAACUGCGUUUUUGUCCCUCACAGUUUGAACAUUUUGUGGAUUACUAGCUUGCAGACCAUCACUUAUUCAUGGGCCGGGCCGUGAGACUAAAGGCUGCACUUUCAAUCUGGCUGGGAGAUUAAAAUAUUCAUUCCUUUGCAUGCAGGUGGUGUGUGAGAUUACGCAAUGUAGAUUCUCACGUUCCAUCUGCAAGUGACUCAGCAGCUCAGGAAGUUAUUUCAUUCAUACAUCACCUUGGACACGAUUUGAACUGGAUACUGCCUAGUCUUUAAUCAAAUGUGUUCAGGAUGAAGGUCAUUUGGAGGAGUACUUAGAAAUGGAUAGUAGACUAUAUUGUGAAUGAGUGAUGUGACGUGAAUUAUACACCAUGCAAGUUAUGAUUUGUGUACUAUCUCCCAUACAGUCUGUCGGGAUGAAAAAUAACUUUUAAUUGUCUUGAUGAGCCGUGCACCAGCUGACGCUCCUCACUGAUUGGCCGAAUGAUGAGCCUCCCUCUCCUUUGUCCUCCCCCCAUUAGAUAACAGUCAAAGUUGACAGAGCGCAGUUUAUGAACUGAGCUUUCUUUUACGAUAGAGCGGGCGUUGGACCUCAGUGAUCAGCAAUUCUCUUCCAUAUGGGAAUAAAAAGACUUCGUAGUUGUAAUAAUACUAAUUUUUUAGCUAAGUAACAGCAAGAAAGUAGCAAACACAUUAUCUUGUAACCACUGAAAACUCCAGCAGGGAUCCCCAAAAUGUUCACCCUAAUUCCAAAGCAUUUAGUGUUGGUAUUUUUCAAAUAAUAAUAGUGAUAUAACGUCCCUGUUAAUAUUAACAAUUGAUGUUUACAUUAUUUAUCUAACCCCAACCCUUCCCCUGACGUAACCCUCUCCUAACCUGACACUAACUACAACCACAACCCAAUAAAUAAAUAAGCCCUAAUCUAACCCUAGCACUAUUGUUUUUCUGUUUGGAUUUCUAGCUAUCUGAGUAUUAUAAGCACUUUUAUAAACAAUAAAGCUGUAUUAUAUUUAGCAAGUAGUGUCAGAUUAAACGUAAAUGAAAAAGUAUACAAAAAUAUAUUUUAUUAUCAGUUAUGCUUUUGUAUUUUUAAUAUAGUGGUAAUAAUAAUACAAUUAUUUGUUGUCAAUGAGCAUUAAUAUAAAAUAUUAAGGAUAUUUUCAUAUCAAAAUGUAAUUAAAAAAUUGAAUUAAAAUGAUUUAAAAAUAAAAAAAUAAACUAUCCCCAAGCUUUGUCCACAGCUCAGCAGUGGUCUUUGAAAGGCCAUCGAGGGCUCCCAGCAGCACCAAACAGGUUUAUCAAUAAGUAAGUGGAAGAGACAUUCAAUGUCCUGCUUUGCGUCACUGGUUUUCUGUUACAGUGGCUUCAGUUGUCUCCAAAGGGACUGUAGAGUCUGGAACAAAAGGGAUUAGGUAGCCGUGUUAAACAUGAAGAGGAUCCGAUGGACCUCGUGGUGUUCUCUUCGGAGAGGUGGACAUCAUGUGGCUCUUCUUGCUUGUCUUUAACAUUACUAAAAGGAACCACGUGGUGUUGUAACUUGCAGAAGAAAGUGGGUUAACGUGCCAUCGGGCCCCACAUUCCCAGCGUCUGUUUACAAAGCUGAGCCAAACAUGGAAAUGUCCUGAGUCACGGCACGGUGAUGGGAAAAAGGACUGGGUGGAAAAACGCCACCUCAGCCGAACGUUGUUAUUUUCCAGGGAAGGGGGGUAGACGGCAUUCUUGUCACACCCCCCAAAAAGGAUGGUACACAUAUUUUCACAAUGAGGGUCACUUAUGUGCUUAGGAAGGCCUGUCAAUGGAGGCCUUUAUGAGCCGCUGAGGGGGAAUUAGGCCGUCAAUGGGGGCCGCUAAGCUGCGCAUGGUGUGCAUCCUCGCGGUUUGUUUUGAUGGCGGCACAAGACCGCAGUUUGCCUUGUUUACCUUAGCAAGAACACUAUUUAGUCACAAGUACAUGCACAUACUCAUGUUUGGGUACGUACCUCAGUUUGAAGCAUACCGUGUAGUGUACAUAGUAUAGUAUCUAUAUUGCUACGUGCGCUACUACUUGGGAUGUUGCAAAACAUGAUGUUCCCAUGUUAUCCACACAGGUUUGUCAUGGAUCAGCUUUCUGCAACUGUCAUUUUGAAGAAGUAAGUUUACACUAAUAACAUUAGGAAAAUAAUCACACAGCUCACUCCUUGUUCAGACAAGCAAAAGUGAUUUAUUUACAACAAAACAAGCAAGAAUUGUUGCCCAUCAGUUCUUCUUUAGUGUUAUAAAUCUUUGGGCUUGCCAGCAUAAACAAUUCUAUUUUGCUCACUUUAAAAUCAGCAAAAACCUACAUUCCCAUUGUUACAAUUCGGUGAUUUAGUUUUUUUUCUCCUGCAAAUAUCAGAUCAAAUGGCAAAAGUUUGAACGCGUUGUCAUUGAAUAGCAUGAAAAAGUGUGUCUAAACUUUUGAGUGAUAUGUACAUGUGUGGUGGUCUUUUUAAUACGAAGACACAUGCCAAAGAAGUCUUAUUUAUUUGAAUAUUUUCUAUUUUUGCAACCAUCCUGAGCGCCCUUACAGCACCUUAAGGUGCUAGCAAUACACUCUAACAUAGAGCACGGAGAUUAGACACUGCUUAAAGUGAUUGGAAUAGCACGAUGGAAAAAGAAAAGAAAGGACUUUCUCAUGAAGAUACUACAAAAGCGAGCACAAUAGUCCCAGAAAAAAGGUCCGUGGAACAAAUUGUCACGAUUAGUUCCAGAGCGUGUUAAAAAAAAUUGAAAUUUUCUGGAAAAAAGUGCACUUUUUAAGAAGAUGAGAUGAGUCCCUCUGAGUCACAAGCAGUCACAAAACAAAGCAGAUUGAUGAUUUAAAAAAUGGUGAAAAAAAACAAGUCCUCGAAGUCUAAAAUAUACAAAAUGACUGCACACUGCAAGGAGGAGGGUGGAAGCAAUCAGGGGGCGUCGGUCCCCCUGACAGCCCACCAACGCUAGGAGGUCUGCAGCAGGCGUCUGUAGUGUGGCAUGACCUCGUGCUCCGGCAGGUGCAAGUUGAAUUCCAGUGCCACCAGCACAGGGAACUCGAAGGCAAUCAGCUCCCUGCGGUUCACGCGGAACCUUUCUUCCAGUUUCUGCAAGAGGAAGACCAAAAAAAGUACAAUAGUGAGGAGGGGGUGUGGCUAAAUGUAGGAAGCAUUGAGACAAACAAACCAAUCUACUUCCUGUCUACUGAGGUGCCUUUGACAAUGUGUAAUAUAGAAGAAGCCCCUUAGAAUAUUUCACUGUUAUGUCGCAAAUAUAUCUUGCUACUUUUUCUGUUGACUAUCUUAUCAUGCAUAUAAAACAGGAGUGUUUUGUUGAAAAAAGGACAAGCAAUAGAGAUUUUGAAGUAAAAGAAUACACUGUUUCCUGUUUAGCAGCUCUGGGGGGAAAAAAGUUACAUUAUGUUUUGUAAUAGCAAAGAAAAUAAAUACAUAUCACAAAACACCCACAUUUUAUGUAGGCGCUAAAUAUUUCAAAAUAAUUAUUUAUAUAUAUUUAUAUAUAUAUAAUUAUUAUUUUUUUUUUUUAGAUUGCAGCUUUAUUUUAAAAAUCUAAAAAGAGAACUUGUGAGGAAAAAGUUCUUUCCGCACAAACAUACCGAAACCGUAGACCUGGGAGCCAUUUUUUAUUGGCAUGUGGUAUAUUGUAAAAAAUUAAAACAAAAAAUAAAAAAAAUUAGGUGCUAAAUAUUUCAAAAUAAUUUAAUUUGAAAAUUUUAAUAUUAACAUUUUUUUCAUUUUUUUUUACUAAAUUUUUUUUUCUCACAAUUUUCAAAAUCAUACAUUUUAAUUUGUUUUUUUUUUUAAUGUUCAAAUUUCAAGUACAGUGGCACCUCAGUUUUCGUGUGUUAGUUCCAAAAGGUUCAACAAAAUCGUAUGGAACCGUAAAUCCAAUUUAUCUGUUCCAGACACUAUAUUCAAUGAAUUAUUAACUGAAAUAUGAACAAAUGAGUUUGUAGAGAACAUAGUUUUACGUGCAGGAAACGAUGCAAAAAUAAUUAGAAAUCACCAAUGGAUGGAACUCUUUGUUGAUGUGGACCUCGACAUAAAAGGAAUCAUGACAGCUGGAACGUGUGAACAUUUUUACGUAAUUGUAAUCAUGAAACAAUACUUUUUUAAAAAUUAUUCUUUUGUUGCAAAAGUUAGUUUCAAGUGUUUACAAUUCUAUGUCAUGCAAAGUUGAAUCAUAAUUCAGAGACCGAUGAAAAUUCUAUUUCCUACUUCUCAUUAUUCCUGAAUGCAGCACGAGGUGGACGUGGCUCCACCUCGUGCUGGCGGUCUGCAGGCGGUCCUUACGUCUAUGAGUAGCUUGACCUCAUGCUUUUUGAGGUCCCCGCCAAUCUUGGCCGCCAGGAGGACGCAGGCUCCGGCGCAAAGUUUGCGGUUCUGCUUGUUGAGUUUUCCCUGAAGGACCAAUUUCUCAAAGUAGACGAAAGCCAUGGCCACCGUGGGCUCCUCGUAGCCGCACUCGUCCUGGGCCAACUUCUUUAUUUCCCUCUUCAGGCUACGGAAGAUGAAAUGGAGGUUAAUGAUGGGAAACGUUUCAAUGAAGGCGUUUAAUCACCAACGCAAUCUCAUUUGUUUUACCUCCUGAUCUUGCUGAGAGUCAGACGAAUGUGAGGGAACUUCUCCUUGAAGGUUUCGUUCAUGUCUUUCUUCAGGUCAGAGGGUUUAACGUACUCGAUGACCGUCGUCUGCCAGGAGAGAAAGCAGGGCGGCGUUAAAACAUCCAGUUAGAAGAAUAGUUCCUCACACACACACACACACACACACACACACACACACACACACACGCGCGCGCGCGCGUAUCCUCACAAGGAUGUUGUCAUUUUUAAAUAAUUUUAUUAAAAAUAUCAAUAGAUUUUCUGGAAAUAAAACAUAAAAUAUAUACAAUUUCCUGUUUACUAUUGUUGAUUACUUACUACUUAUGUAUGCAGUUUUUUUGUGCCAAAAUUAAAUAUAAAUCUAAAUGGAUCAUUUUUUUUUAAAU